CAGAGAAAACACUGUGAAGUACUUGGAACAUCAGCAUAUCUUGGAUCUGGCAUUUGACCAACAUGGCGACUAAAACCGGAUCUCGUCUGAAACAAGGUAAAGGACAAGAUUCUCCCCGUACCCACAAGUGCAGCCAUUGCGACAAGGAGUUUUGCUGGAAGAGUAAGCUCAAAGUACACAUGCGAACUCACACCGGUGAGAGACCAUACCAGUGUAAUGAAUGCGGGAAACGGUUUAGCCAAGCGGCAACUCUGACGAAACACAUUCGGACACACACGGAUGAGAAACCAUACCAUUGCGAGCAGUGCAGUCGAAAGUUCCGUCGACUUGACGUUCUAAGGAUACACAUAAGGACUCACACCGGUGAGAGACCAUACAGUUGUGAGGAGUGCAAUCAAAGCUUCACACAGCUGGGAGACCUAAGGAAGCAUGUGAGGACUCACACGGGUGAGAAACCACACCGAUGUGAGCAAUGCAGCAAGCAGUUCAGUGAGCUGACCUAUCUGAAGUUACACAUGCGAACUCACAGCGGGGAGAAACCGUACAAGUGCAAACAUUGCAAUAAAUGCUUCACUCAGUGGACUCACCUAAAUACUCACCUGCGGACUCACACAGGGGAAAUCCCGUACAAGUGUGAGGAGUGCAGCAAGCAGUUCACUACACUGUCAGUUUUAAAGAAACACAUACGGACUCACACAGGUGAGAAACCGUACAGUUGUGAGGAGUGCAGAAAGCAGUUCAUUGGGAUAUCAGAAUUAAAGAGUCACAUGCGCACUCACACUGGUGAAAAGCCGUACAAGUGUGAGGCAUGCAGCAAGCAGUUCAGUCAGAUGGAGAGCCUGAAGAGUCACAUGCGGACUCACACUGGUGAAAAACCUUACAGUUGUGAGGAGUGCAGCAAGCGAUUUAGUCAUCCGCAUCAUCUAAAAACUCACAUGCGCACUCACACGGGUGAGAAACCCUACAGGUGUGAGAAAUGCAGCAAGCGGUGUACUAUGCUGUCAGCUCUGAAGAGUCACAUGCGCACUCACACGGGUGAGAAACCCUACAGGUGUGAGGCAUGCAGCAAGCGGUUUAGUGAGCUGCAUCAUCUCAAGCAACACAUCCGGACUCACACCGGUGAGAAACCCUACACGUGCAAGGAAUGCAGUAGGCAGUUCAAACAGUUAUCCAGUCUGAAGAGUCACAUGGGGACUCACAAGUUGGUAAGAAACUGUAAAGCAGUUUAG